AACUAAUUAAUGCUCGAUGUAACCAGCAGUAGAUAAACUGCGCGGUGGCUUACCGUUAUACCUUAUAGAUUCACCGAUAAAUGAGAGCAGUUUCAUUAAGCUUGGUUUUUUUUCCAGAUAUGUUCUAAGUUAUGAAGUGAAGAGGUGAUCUUGGAUAAUUCAGACGCUGGAUUUUACAUUGCAGGAUAAAUCACUUAUUUGGAUUAUUUCUACAUAUGUUUUCUUACUCUCGUAUCGCAUGACUGCGUCGUUUUGGAUUUAACAUUGUGUAACAUAUGGUUAAUGCAUUCAGAAUUCUAAAGAGCGCGUGACGUAAGUGAAUUUAGAUGGUGACAACGACAAUGUUGGCGUUUAUUCUUGUUGCGGCGUGGGCUGCGCUUUCCAAUGUUAGAGGUGCAGAUAUAGUUACUGUGUUGGACAAGCAAGUGGCCGACUUAAACCGUUACUUAGAGAUAAUGUUGUCUGUGGAGAAAAAGCCCAACAUGAGUCUUGUCAUAUCAACAGAGAAUUAUACUCUCGAAACAUUUGAGUCAGUUUGUGAUGAAGUAAGAAAUGGAGCUUCCAUACUGCUAGAUGUCUCUUCUCCAACAGUCGGGCCUCUCUUGAGAUCGUUUGCACGAGCUCAUGGACUUGUGUUCAUGACAAUUAUGGACGAGAGUCUCGUGCUUCCAUCAGAUAUGGACGAUGCAUUUUUCAUUCAAAUACAACCGCCGGGGUCUGUUAUGUUAAAAAUAAUUGCCGACAUUAUAGCGUUUGACAACCUGACAAAUAUUGCCAUUCUCUACGACAAUAGUUUUAAUUUACACAACAUUCCACGACGAAUUGUUAGCGGAGUUUUGUCGCACCAUAUCUAUCUAGAGAUAGAAGAUACCGGGAUGACCAGCAUGAUGAAUUCAAUCAAAGAAUUAGAAAUUGAAAACGUCUUCAUUGUGGCUUCUUCAACAAACGCUGCACGUGUUCUGGCAAUGGGAAGUCAGAAUCUUCCACUCUACAAGGAAAUGAACUGGUUUGUUGUCACGAAGGAUCCGUCGGUCAAGUGUUUACUUUGUACCAAGGAAAUGAGAGUUGUCCUCGCUGGCGGAUAUCAGACGUUGCAGCAGAAGAUAAACUAUACGAAUUAUCUGAAGUCCGAGUCAAUGCAUUUCCGAGAUUCUGAAAUCAGGAUAGACGAGGCUUUUGCGUACGACCUAAUGAGGAUUUUCAAAGCGAAUCUUUCACUUAAACGUCGCGCUGUAGAGAUAGAUGGUUGCUAUGGCAACAAAAACAUUACCAACGAAACUUUACGAAUGAAUGCGGGAAUAAUGACUAAUCUGUCUGACGUAAAACAUGAAGGAGUAUUUGGUCCUAUAGUUUCCACAAAUGGAUAUAUCCGACAGAAAAUCAAGAUGAAGCUACAAAAAGUUAUUUUUAGAAACGGUGUUUUAGAAGAACUAAAAUCUCUUGGUCAUUGGACGGAAGCACAAGGUCUCAACUUGUCAAAUAAUCUAAAGUCACUUAUCCGAGAAAAGCAAAAGAAGACAUAUAGGGUGGUUGUUAUUCCAGAUUAUGAGCCGUUCAUAUACAGGGAGAAGGUGUUUGACAAUGGAACUGAGACCCGCUAUGAAUACAAAGGAUUGUGUGUUGACCUGUUUAAAGAGAUAGCUGAAAGGUUGGACUUUGACUAUGAUUUUUAUGAAUCAGAAGAUGGUUACUUCGGUUCUCUUAACGACGACGGCACGUGGAAUGGAGCCAUACAUGAACUCAUAGAAAAGAAAGCAGAUAUAGCUGUAGGACCAAUAUCUGUCAUGUCGGAACGAGAGAACGUCGUCGACUUUACUGUGCCUUUCCACGAACCUGUUGGUCUGACCAUCCUGAUGAAGAAGUCCAAGUUUGAGUAUACACUUCAUCGGUUUCUGAGCGUGCUUGAACCGGAAGUAUGGGGUUGUAUCGUGGCUUCGUAUUUCCUGUUUAGUGUACUGAUGUGGUUAUUUGACAAAUUUAGUCCGUUCAGCUAUCAGAACAACCCAGAUCGUGGGGCUGGUCCGGAGAAAAGAAUUUUCACUUUAAAAGAAGGAAUCUGGUUUUGUAUGACUUCCCUUACGCCUCAAGGUGGUGGCGAGGCUCCAAAGGCUGUGUCCGGCCGACUUGUUGCCGCCACAUGGUGGCUUUAUGGCUUUCUUUUAGUUGCUUUCUACACGGCAAAUCUCGCGGCAUUCUUGACAGUGACAAGACUUGAAACACCAAUAACAUCACUGGAGGACCUUUCUAAGCAACAAAGUGUUAAGUACGGACCAAUUAAAGGUACAAGUGCACUCAUAUACUUUAACAGGAUGAAGGAAAUCGAAGAGCAAUUUUACAGAAUAUGGAAGGACAUGAGUUUGAAUGACAGUUUAGACGCAGUUGCUCGUGCAAAACUCGCGGUUUGGGACUAUCCAGUUAGUGAACAAUUCACAAAGCUUAUCAGCAGAAUGUAUAAUCCAAAUACAACAAGCGAGGCUAUGGAUAUGGUGAGGCGAGGAGAGCUGGCACUGAUUGACGACAGGAGCCGAAAUAGGUAUCAGGUAUUAACAGACUGUAAUGUGGAGGAGAUUGGAGAAGAAUUCAGCCGGAAACCGUUUGCAUUUGCUGUUACACAAGGAUCACCAUUGCGGGCACAGAUGUCUAAUGUGAUUCUCGAACUUUCAAACAACCGUUAUCUAGAAGACCUGACAAACAAAUGGUGGGAUUCUAACGAGCUGAAAAAAGAAUGUGACAGGAUUGAAGACGAAAGUGAUGGAAUCUCCAUUGAAAAUAUUGGCGGGGUUUUCCUCGUGAUUGCAAUAGGAACCGGGAUGUCGCUAAUCGCUUUUGUUGUGGAGUACUAUUACUAUAAAAUCAAACCACUAAAGGAAGAACGGUUGUACAAGAUGCGUGGACGCACUAACGUGUCACGAAUACGCUCAGAAGUUAGCUUAGAUAAUGUGGAUGUUGAUAGGAACACAUCGCGUACACCAGAUUGCAUGAAUACAAUGACACUUAGUACAACAAGAUCCGAUUCCUCGGACUCUUGUGUUAAGUUUUCAUCAGGAAAUACGGCAAGUUACAGACGAAGUAAGAAAAAGGUUAGUAAUGCGCAUUCAACAUCAUCUCAUUGUAAUGGCAUUGCAAAUGGAAUAAACGGUCGACACAAUAAUAAUGGGGAUCACAGACAUUCGAACGGACAUGUUUCAAACGGAGUAACGAACUCCAUUUUUACAUACGAUUCAGAUGAAGACAUGUCUGUUAAAUACCCAGAUUUACAUGAUCCAGAAAGAAAGUCAGUGUUUUCAGAGAAAUUGUGAGCAAUAUUCUACGUGUUAAGAGUGAAGAGGAAGUGCUGUACAUACUAAUGACGGCAGCUUUAAGAUACUUAUGACAUACUGGAUAUAACCGUCCUCAUCCGAGAAAAAAUAUACACAUAAACUGGAUUUCUUGAAAUCGAACAGGAUAAUUACAAGAUGCUGCUUUUAUAACAAAAGCUAAGAUCAUAGGAAUGUCAUUAUUAAUUUUCUGAGAGACAUAUUGUGUUGUUUUUUUUUCAAGUUCAUCCAGUACGGUGAAAAAGGUCCGGGGAACAUGCUUUUGGGUUAAACGCAAUCAAAAUAUUAUGUUCUGUAAUGACAUUCUACGUGUUGGUUGUUCAAUUUGACCUCUGGUGUUACGUGAAAACAAAACAAAACUCUCGUAAACCGUAAACAAGUGUUUUCAUAUUAAAUUCCUGUGCACCAUUUCACAGGCCCAUGAUGGCAUAUGUUAUGGAAUAGAGCACAUUUGAUCACGUGUUGAAAGAGCAGUAUCUGACCUCACUUAUGCGCGGACACCGGUCAGAGGAACCGGGUACCAGCCAUCGGAGAUAUCUAUAGUUCAUAAAGUUGUCUCUGUUAUUGGUGUGAGAUUAAUACGUUUAAAGUAACACGGUUGUACAUAGAAGGCCGUUAGUUAAGUGAAACAGCGCUCAUUGUGGUAUAGAACGGGCUGUAUAAGUCUAGACCAAACAUUGUUGACAGUAGUGUAUACUGUAGGACAUACUGACUAUUGGAAGCACCUCAGGGCUGUUUGCCGUCUUCUCUGUGAUAUAUAUAAUAUACAUAUAACCAUUAACAGUCGUCUGAGUUCUGUUAAAUGGUGAAGCUGGUUUCACAAUAAAUGAAACAGGUAUAUACUCUAAUAUUUCGCUUGAAGUUUUAUUGCAAUUGUCGUGUUAUUAUAUGAAAUAACAUUUAUAGCAAUGAUAUCGAUAUUAUAUAUCAGGUGUAUAACAUUUUGAGAUUUUAUCAUAUUGCCUAUAUUAUAUUAUAUUGUCAUAACCAUAAUUUUAUCGUAUUUUAAUGAUGACAUAUCAAAAAUUUUCAUAUUAUGGAAACAAAUGUAUUUAUUCUACAACACAUUAUUUCACACAUCAUUAUGAAUAGUGUUCAUAAAUUGAGUUCAGAGAUGCACUUCACGGACCAGUUCUACAUUUCUGGUGCAUAAACAUGUAGUCAACAAAAUUAUUUCAUAUAAUGUUUAUGGCUGCACUGUACUUAAGUCAUGAAACACAGGAUCAUGACUGAAGCAAAACCAGCCAGUUUUCAUGGUUGAGCUGCAUUUUACAUUGAAGUUAUCUGUCGUCCAUGUUUUAGCUAUAUGAGCCGCGCCAUGAGAAAACCAACAUAGUGGCUUUGCGACCAGCAUGGAUUCAUGCUGUUCGCUUUCAAAGCCUAUUGGAAUUAGAGAUACUGUUAGCGAACAGCAUGGAUCCUGACCAGACUGCGCGGAUGCGCAGGCUGGUCUGGAUCCAUGCUGGUCGCAAAGCCACUAUGUUGGUUUUUUCAUGGUGCGGCUCAUAUAACCGUUUAACAUAUGAGCUGUAAUUUCAUAUCUUAAAAAUAUUUUUAAAGAAGACAUUUUUUAAUGACGGUUCAUAAUUUGUGAUAUAGAAACCGUCCGUGACAGGGCUUUGAUUUCAUUAACACAAAAAUAUCCAUGGUUAAGCUUCAUUUUCAUUACUUAAAAAGUAUUCAUGACUGACUGGCUAUAAUUUAAUUAGCACAGAACUUCUUCUUAUUCUUCUUAAUAUAGCUAUAUCUUUAUUACAGAAAAUAGUGUUCGUGACUGUCCGCUGAGAACUUCAUUGUUUAGGUAUAUCACCAUUACAUAAAAUAAUAUUCGUGACUGUCUGCUAUCUUCAUUACAGAAAAUGCUAUUCGUGACUCUCUGCGCAGAACUUCUUUGUCUUUUAGCUUAACUGUCCGUGCAGAACUUCUUCAUAAUUUAGCUAUAAUCUUCAUUACAGAAAAUAGUAUUCGUGACUGUUCGCUUAGAAAUUCGUCAAUCUUUAGCUAUGUCUUUAUUGCAUAAAAUAACAUCCAUGACUGGCCUACUGACGUCUAAAAGAAAAACAUGAGUGAGCAAUAAUUUCAUUAUAUAUAGACGUUCAACAUGGCUUUUAACUUCCAUGAAAUACCAUUGCACUUCAUGAGUGGGUUAUUAUUUCAUAAAACAGAGUUUCGUGACACAUCUGCUAUAACUUCACUACACACCAAUGCUAUCCGUAUGACUUAGUCGAAACACUAUUAUGUAAGCUAUUUCUAUUAUGCCGACGCACAUCUUCUUAACAUGGAAAUUAGGACGGAAAAACUUCUAUGGAGAUUCAUGAUUCAUCAGAAUCAUCCUUGUGUUGUUUGAAUAAUCUAGUAUUAAACAAUUAUUGGAGGUUUAAGAAUAUAAAAUGUUACUCGUAUAUGGCAUAAUAGUUUUCAGUAAAAUAUUUACACAACUGGGAAAAACAAUCAAACGACUGUUAAGAUUACCUAUAUUAGGACUGUUCACAGUUUGACUAGAGUGACUUUUCAAAGUUACAUUGAAACACUGCGACAAAAUUACCGAGAAUAAAUACCAAGUUUUGAUAAAUGUUAGAACAAAAUUCAAAUUUGCAAAAAAAUCGCCACGUGCAAAAUUCAUUUCUGAGCUAUAACAAAUAGACUUUUUGAAUUACAAAAGAACAUGUUAUUUCAAUAGUGGCAAGUAAAAUAUUCAUAUAUUUUCCAGAGUAAUGAUUUUGUAUUUAUAAUGAUUAAACUGUUUACGCAGUAUUUUAAAUCUGCCAGUAUGUUCGAUUUUAAGACCGCGAGUGAUAACUACGUCGCAGUUGUUCUGUCUGGUGAACUGAAUAACCGGGAAGCUUAUUCUAAUGUUAAAUUCAAAAGGUGUUUUAUAAUAGUACCUGCAUCUGCAAUAUUGUAUUCGGCUAGUGUGGAGUUUUUGCCAGGCCUGGAUCCCACGAGGACAAUAAUAUAAGAUAAAUUAGACUGAAAAAAAUCGUAUGAAACGGUGAACUCUUUAACGCAUGGAACUUCUAGACACUCAAAAUCUUGUUAACAAAGGAGAAGGAAAUAGAAUAUAAAUAUUAUAAGAAACGAAAUGUUCCUUCAGGUGUUCAUGGGCAAUGAACGGCAAGAUUCAUGGUUUUGCCUAUCAUAUUCCUUAAUAUGGGUUUCUUAUUUACAUUGUUUAUAAUGAAACAUUAUAAAUUGUUCAUUACAUGACGUAUUUUUCAUCACUUAAUUAAAAUAGUUAUAACUGACGUUACAUGACGUUUUGACUGGGUAAUUACGUCUUGUUAUAUUUUUGAAAAUGUAAUUUUUAUAUUAUUUCAUGCAUUUGUGUUUUAAAGUUCCUGUUUGUAUACAUUUUGUUAAUAUAUCUUCAGAAACU